AUGUCAAACGGAAACCAUAUUGACGAGUCAUCUGACAAUGACCAAGAGUCCAUUCUCGAAUUCGAGAGAUUGGAAUCUACCUUACCACCAGCUUUGAGAAGAUCGGCAUCUUCCUUGUUGGAAGCCAUUCAUUCAACCCCUGUGCCUAAUGUAGCAAGUCAAAGCAAUGCUCACAUUCAACAGGACCACGCAAUUAGAUCACCACAACCACAUCAUCCAAGAGAAUUGGUAACUCCCUCAGGUACCCCUUCUUACCAACCAAUUCCAGGUAGGAAUGCAACAGCUACACCCAAUUUGAAAAACGAAAGCUACAGAAAGACCCUCAUUAGCAGAUUGUCCAAAUCGGAAAAUGGAAGGGAAUCAUCGCCCAUUCCGUUGCCAAAACCAAAGUUUGACGAAAACAUUUUCAAACCGGCUAUGAACUCUAAAAACUCAUCCACCGGGGUGCUUUGGGCAACCGAGAGAGCAGCAGAAUACGGAUACGACUCUGAGAAUGUCGGAGAUUGGGCAAAUCUAGGUCAGGGUGCCCCAGAACAUGGAGAUACAGUUCCUGGUUCUUUUCCAAGACCAAAGACUAUCAAUGUCCCAGAUUGCUCGAGGGAAUAUGCCCCAACAGCAGGUAUCAAGGAAUUGAGGGAGGCAGUGGCCAACUAUUACAAUGAAACAUACAGAAGUAAAAAGGCCAGCAAAUAUACAUACAAGAAUGUCUGUGUUGUUCCUGGUGGUAGAGCUGGAUUGACAAGGAUUGCAUCAAUCAUUAGCGACUGCUACUUGUCGUUCUUCUUACCAGAUUACACGGCGUAUGCUGAAAUGUUGUCAUUAUUCAAGAACUUCUCUCCAAUUCCAGUUCCAUUGAAGGAAGCUGACAAUUAUGAAAUUCACUUGAAAAUGAUAAAAGAGGAAUUGACAAGAGGUGUUAGUGCGUUAUUGACUUCAAAUCCAAGGAACCCUACUGGUCAUUGUAUGAAGCUGGAACAGUUACAUCAGCUUCAUAAUAUGUGCCGUGAAAAAUGUUUGUUGAUUAUGGAUGAAUUUUACUCCCACUAUUACUACGAUGGUGGCUGCGAUGGUUCUUCAAUCAGUUCUGCCGAGUUUGUUGAAGACGUGAAUCAUGAUCCAGUGUUGAUUUUAAACGGAUUGACAAAGGCAUUUAGAUUGCCCGGAUGGAGAAUUUGCUGGAUUUUAGGCCCAGAGGAUUACAUUAGCGCCUUAUCGUCAGCUGGAUCCUUCUUGGACGGUGGUUCAAAUGCUCCUUUCCAAUAUGUAGCUGUUGACUUUUUGCAACCCCUCAAGGUCAAACAAGAAAUGAAAGCAUUGCAAUUACACUUUAAGAUGAAAAGAGACUAUAUCAUUGGAAGAUUAGCCAAGAUGGGCUUUAAAUUCACCGAAAAGACCACUCCAAAUUCGACAUUUUAUCUUUGGCUCAACUUGUCACACUUGCCCGGAAAGCUUAGCAACUGUUUAGGAUUUUUCCACGAGUGUUUGCAUGAGAAAGUUAUUGUCGUUCCUGGGUUCUUCUUUUUGAUUAAUCCACAGAACUUGAGCAAUUUGGAGGAAGUCAUUUGGUACAAUUAUGUGAGAAUCAGUUAUGGACCCGAACUUCAUCACUUGGAAAAAGGAAUGGAUGGCAUAGAGCAAAUCUUGUACAGAUUUGGGUGCUUACCAUACGAGUUGAAGUAG